AUGUGUUUCUCCGGGGGGAGGCCGGGGCCGCGGGGGGGUCUCACUGGCACGCGCGUGUCCCGGGGGGCGUCGGUGCCGUUCUCCCGGUCCCGAGCCGGGCCGGGCCGGGGGCGUAACCGGCAGCCUUGUCCCUUGCAGCCCCCGCAGAAGCGGCAUAGGACCGUGGAGGACUUCAACCAGUUCUGCACCUUCGUGCUGGCCUACGCCGGCUACAUCCCGUACCCCCAAGAGAACGAGCCCUGGACCCUCGGCGGCAGCAUGAGCCCCCAGAACAGCACGGGCAGCACUCAGGACAGUGACAGCUGGGCCUCGUCCCACUCCGAGUGCCAGGUCCUGCCGGACGACGGGAAGAGCAGGAGCGCCAGGCACAAGGGGGGGAUGGACAGCCUGCUCCUCGGCUGCCACGGUUUCGCCCCCAGCUUCUACAGUGCCCGGCCCCAGCCACCCAAGAAGAAGAAACCGCCUGUGAAGAAGCUCGUUUUAGACCGGGAAACGGAAAAGAAAGCGGUACCGGCAGGCACGCAGCGUUUGGGGGACGCCCGGCCUCAGCGGGGAGAGCCAGCUGCGCCGCAGGGGCCGGCACCACCCGUGAAGGAAGAGUGCGUGGAGUCCCCCGUCAGCCCGGCUGGCGAGCUCCAGCUCGCAUCCGUCCCGGAGGCCUCUAUCAAGGAGGAAAAAGACUGUGCGCCAGAGACGGAGACGCCAGCCGGCGGCGACCCUCAACCGGAGCGGCAGGAGAUGCGCCGCGCAGAGGGGAGCAGCCCCAGCUCUUCGACCGCCUCGGACUGCAGUACAGCAGACAACGCGGGCGGAGCGAGCUCCCAGCCUCGCGAGCCAUCAGGGGAAUUUACAGCGGCUCCCAACACCAAAGCAGAAGAGGAUGACGCCUGGGACCUGAUCACCUGCUUCUGCCUGAAGCCCUUCGCGGGGCGGCCCAUGAUCGAGUGCAGCGAGUGCACCACCUGGAUCCACCUCUCCUGCGCCAAGAUCCGCAAGUCCAACGUGCCUGAGGUCUUCAUCUGCCAGCGAUGCCGCGACGCGAAGCAGGAGAUCCGCCGCUCGAACCGGGCCCGGACGGUGCCCCGCAAGCGCUUCUGUGACUGAGCGGUCCCCGCGCGCGAGGGCGUGGGGACCCCGUCGUUCUAAGACUGCAGCCCAACUUGGCUAGACAAUCAACGCCCGGUGACUGUCGGGGAGGGCCUGCACUGCUGGGGCAGGGGAGCUUCUGUGCUGGACACAGCCCCUGCGCUCCCAGCACCAGGAACCUGGUUGGCUCCAGGAGAAACCACCUUCCUCCCCGCCCCGGGCUGUGGAGUUCAGGGAGCAGUUACUGCUGCAUUGCAGGCGCUGAGGGGGGCCCACAGGAGAAGCCAGUGCACGAGGCCAGCCAGACAACCCUGCUCCGACUGGAGCACGGCUCGGCGCCUCCCCCGGUAGCCUGGAAGGACCUAGCCCAAAUAGUUCCCCUGGGGUGUGGUGUGGUGUGGUGUGGUGGCUGGUGACCCUUAUCUCAGUGGAGUGCUCCUCUCUGCAGCUCAGGCCUGUUCCUUGGCCCUGACAGCCUGUUUAAGUCUCUGCAGGGCUGGUGAGAGGUGUCCUGUGAUGGCCCCAGACCGAAGUUUUCUUCCAACAGAGCAGAUGAAGCCCAGACUAGAGCAGAAGCUUCUUCCUGCUCUGGGGCCCUGGAGGGGCAGCUCUAGUGGGGAAGGGGAGCUGUCCCCUCUGCCCGGCUCUGGGCUGGGUGUCUUCAAGCAGCGCUGAGUGCAGGGAAGUGGUUGUCUGCCUAGCCCCCUCGUCUGCCUAGCCUGCGGCAAGGCGGUGACCUAACCAGUAAGACCCAGUCUCAGCAGGUGCUGUGUUCAAGGUGCUUGGGCCGAAGAAGCUUUGACGUGCCCCCGUCCCCAGACCUGUUUCUUCUAGAGUCUGCAGAGGGGUUGGUCCCUCUGAUCUGAGCGAAGUUGCCAGCUCCGGGGUAGGGGAAGGGGCAGUGUGCAGUUACUGUAAAUAGUGUAGGAGAGAGACUGUAAAUAAUUUGUAAAGCAGACACUUUUAGAGAAAUUACUGAGUGAUUGUUGCUAAGCUGUCGGCUGGGGUCCCGGCCUGGACUUUCCAAUUGCACUGGAGUCCCUGGGCAAGAGGGACAAGGGAUUCCUGGCAGAAGAGCCGAGCGGCAUGCAGCUGGGGGGGUCUGGGAAGGGGCUAGCAAGCUUUGUGGAGGGAGGGAGGGUUGGGAUCAGUCUCUUUCCUUGGCUGCUCCCUUGUGCACUCGGGGAAAGGGGAGCUUCUGUCCCCAAAGUUUGCUGGGUCACGGGGAAACAAGCUUUGAGAGUAGGAAGCAGGUGAGGUUUCUACUUCCAGGCAGCCCCCUCCCUCCAAGUUUCCAUAUUGGUGGCCAGCGAGGCACCCUCUCCUCCCCAGGGGACCUGUGAGACUCCACAUACCUCCAGACUGGGGGCUUGUGCCUUGAGUCUCAUCUUCUAUGCAACUCGCUGCCCUUGGAUGGGAUAGCCCUCAAGUCUCUUGGCAGGAUGUCUGGUUUUCUGUCACCCUCACUGUGGGCGGCAUGGGGUCCGCGUGCACUAAGUAUUGGAUCCCACGUUCUGCUCCUUUCCUCCCGCCGCUCCAAAGACCCAGACCCAUGUGCCUUCUGUGCUGUGUGUGCUUCUCCACGGGAGACGUGGGGCUUUAGCCGUGGUUCUACCUUCUGUUCUGCCUCUUGUACCUCGAGGAACCGUGCUGGGCCUCCCUGCGGGGUGGGGCGGGGGUCGAAAGGACCCCAACGCCGCAAAGCCGGGCCCGUUUCUAAACCGGGAUCUUUCCUACUUGCACAUCUGGUUGCCAUGGGACCAUUUGUGGGGAGAGCAGGGGCCGCUUCCCCCAUGGCUCCACCACUCCUCUGCACCCCUCUCCUGCUGCGGGAAGCCGAGGCCCUCAAGUGCUUUACACUUUUCUAGUUUUUAGUCACUUUUUAUUGAUCUGUAAAAUAGCACAUUUCUGGUCUGUGCCCUGUGGAGUGUGGCUGGAGUGAGGUGUAUAUAAUAAAGAAUCUUUGCCAUAGC